AUGCCAUUCGAGUUUAUUGAUAAUAACCAUCCAUUGAUUGACCGGGCGGCAAGAAAGCGAAUUCGCAGCCAUGCUGCUUUAGGGAAGAAUGUGGGAAGAAAAGUCAUGCGACCAUCACGAAAGAGCGCACAGCGCGUGGGAGCCAAGGUCCUUCCGGGUUUGACAUACAAACCAAAGAGCAUAAAAAUCUCAAAUACGAAAGCAUACGAUCGAACAUUGGACGAUGUUUCUGAAAUCCAACGACAGGUGGGAGAUGGUUUACCAGUUCUACCCGUUCCAGACGGAUCUCGAAAACGUGUUAGACAAGUUAUGGCUUUUUUUGGUGCACCUCGACAUGUUCCCGCUCUAACCAAUGCGAUGGAUCCUCAUCGCAACCCUGGCUCGAUCUGGGUUGAGCUAAUGUUUGUAGAUGAAGCAUUUUAUCAUUGCGCUAUAGCAUUGUUCUAUAGGACUAUGCAUGAUCUUAUUGUAGAGCCAGAAGAUCCACUACAGGCUGCGCAGCAUCUUUCACGCACCUUCCGCCUAGUUAACCAAAGAAUAUCAGAAGAUACCAAUGUUUCAGAUGCAACUAUUGCAGUUGUGCUGAUGCUAGUACAAUACGAACGUCACGAAGACCGACUUGAAGAAGGCCUGGUCCAUCUCAGAGGGCUGCUGCGAAUGAUUGAGUUGCGAGGCGGAAUCUCGCAGCUGAGAAAGAGAGGAGCUACUUUAGCAACCAAAACAUUUCGAGCCGAUCUAGAUUACUCUCUUUACAGGGGCACAUCAACACAAUUUAGCGUUGAUGAUCUACUCGCUGACGCUGACCGCACGGUUACUAUGGAGUUACGUCCAUAUAAUAGUAGCCUCAUACCCAGGACUCUUCAAAGCUGUUUACUCAAGGAAUUAAGUUCCGGUCUUUGGAGUGUUUUGCAAGAUGUCACGACCUUUGCUCAAUCAAUCAACGAUGCUAUUAGCGGACUAUCACCAAAGCUUGAUUGUAUCGCGUAUCAUUACACACUCGUACUUUUCGGAUAUCGCCUCAUUAACAUCAGGUCUCUUAAUGCACCAUAUCUUCCAAAUAAUGUUGCGAACACGAUUCAUUUAGGUUUAAUGGCAUUUCUGACUACAUUUUUGGUGAAACUGGACCACUCAAAUUCGGAAUACCCGAUUCUAUACCAAUCACUUCGAUUUAUUUGCCAAGUAGCCUCCUCUAGUGUUCAAGACGAGCAACAGGUUCGCCUUUGGGCGAUGUUUAUUUCAUCAACUUCGGUGUUUACGAGGCCAGAUGAUUAUUCAUGGCUCAUUCCAAUAACGGCGCAAACGAUGAGCUUCCUUGGUCUUCGCACUUGGGAAGAAGUAUAUCAAACGAUCACUGUUUUUCCGUGGGUCGAUGCUCUUCACAACUCUGCGGCCUAUACACUUUGGCUUGAAGUAUCGUCAUUAUCGUCGUCGUCAUCAUUACUCUACCAGAAUUGGGACGAUUGA